AUGAAUCCUUCUAACACUGCAACUCGUUCCGCGUCUCAGCAACCGACCGUUCUUUCAACAGCUCAACAACCAGAAACUCUAUCAACAGCUCAACAACCAACAGUCCCAUUACAACCAACAGUCCUAUUACAACCAACAGUCCCAUUACAACCAACAGUCCCAUUACAACCAACAGUUCCGUUAACAGCCCAACAACCAAUAGUUCCGUUAGCAGCCCAACAACCAAUUGUUCCAUUAACAGCUCAACAACCAACUGUUUGCACAAAUGUUACUCAACAACCCACUGGUGUAUGUGGCAUUUCUGCACCACAAGCUCCAUGCUUCGGUCGCGGCCGAGGUCGUGGUCGUGGUUUUACGUCAGGUGGUCCCGGAUUAUUUGAAGUUUCUCCAGAAGGCGAGGUUCUUCAUGAAGGAAUACCACAAAGUAAAGAACUCGAACAUCUUGCUCAAUUAAAGGAGGUCGCAUCCGAGCAUGCUCGUCAAGAGUCUUUAGGUGCUUACGGAAUUCCUAAAGGCAGUGCUGCCAAAUCUGCGCUGGGUAAAUACGCGACCGCUAUUAGGUAUACUAUCAAGCAAUUAAUAAAUUAUAUUGAAGAUGAAUUAGUUCAAGAACUUAAGGAGGAAGCAGAGAAACGACGCAUAUACGAAGUGACACACAUGGGACGUGUUCCUGUAGUUGGACCUGCAAAUAAAGUCGCCGAAGCCGCUGAAAAACUCGAACACGUGGUAAAAAUUGAUAAAGGUGAAGAAAUUUCGCCCACUGCCCAAUAUCGACAACCUAUAGUUGCGAAUAAUAACCGUUCAAGGGCAAUAAUUACUACUUCUAUUUCUGAAGAAGGUGAGCUACUUCGUGAAGGUGUUGCACAUAGUAAGGAAUUGGAACACCUUGCCCAAUUGAAGGAUGCUGCUGCGGAGCAUGCUAAGCGUGAAGGGACGGUGGCCGGUGUUCCUCGUGGAAAAUCGGCUAUGGGUAAAUAUGCCACCGCUGUAAGUGAAGAAAUUGGUGUUCCAUCAUUGACGGUUCAAGGCAUGGUUUCCCGCACGGGUCGUCCUGUCGAUGAGCAUAAAUUGGCAGAAGAGCUGAGGGAAGAAGCACAACAACGUGCAGAUUAUGAGAUGAGUGUUUUCGGUAGCGUUUCGCCCACAGGUCCAGCAGCGAAGGUUGAAGAAGCCGCAGAAAAACUAGCGCAAGUUUUAAAACUCGAUGACAUUCAGGUUCCCUCAAAACAAGAUACAAGCGUUCUUAGUCAACCAGUGAGUGGCACCCCAUCCGGACGACCACAAGAAAGAUUUGACACAUCCAGUCAACAAACUCUGCAACAAAACGUUUCUUCAUUGCCUCAAACUACUGUUGAGGGGCCGCAA